GUUGUGAAUUCAAGAUGGCGGUAAUUAGUGUUGUGCCCGUUUAUGGAAAGGAGUCGAUAAUGUCAAUCUAAUAAAUAAUAUAUAGUAUCUGCAGUCGUGUUCUCUCUAAAAUAAAGUGUUUUUUUAUGUUUUUGACAUGUGAUAAGUUUUAACUGUUCAAUUUUCAUUGUUAAUAUCGGCUCGGCGUGUUUGCAUUCAUUCAUAUAAAUUAGAUCUGUAUGCAGAGAUUGUAAUCUGCAAAUUGUUAUCAGCGGGAUUAUUCAUUAUUCAGGCGGAAUGUGGGAAAUUUGCCAGUAUUUUGGAAAGAAAUAGAAAAACUCAAUCAUGACAGAUACAAGGAGAAGAGUGAAGCUGUAUGCUUUGAAUGCAGAUAGACAAUGGGAUGACAGGGGUACUGGACAUGUUUCUUCAUCCUAUGUUGAUAGGUUGAAGGGUAUUUCAUUACUGGUGCGUGCUGAAAGUGAUUGUUCUCUAUUACUGGAAUCCAAGAUUCAGCCUGAUACUGCCUACCAAAAACAGCAGGACACUUUGAUUGUUUGGUCUGAAGGGGACAAUUUUGAUUUGGCACUAAGUUUUCAAGAAAAAUUAGGAUGUGAUGAAAUCUGGGAGAAAAUUUGUCAAGUGCAGGGCAAAGACCCUUCUGUUGAAAUUACUCAAGACAUUGUGGAAGAAUCAGAAGAUGAAAGGUUCGAUGAUAUGUCAGACUCUGCUCCACCAAUAGAAUUACCAAGUUGUGAACUGAGUAAUUUAGAAGACAUAAGUGAAUUGAUCACAAACUGGUUGAUUUCUCCUACAAGAAAAGAAAAGUUAGCUGCAGCAAUUGAAAGUGAAGGAUACAUUAGAAAGUUGAUCAACCUUUUUCAUAUGUGUGAAGACCUAGAAAGUACAGAAGGAUUACACCAUCUGUAUGACAUAUUCAAAAAUAUCUUUCUAUUGAAUAAGAACGUUCUGUUUGAUGUUAUGUUCAGUGAUGAUUUGAUAUUUGAUAUUGUUGGUUGUCUAGAAUAUGAUCCAUCCUCUUCACCACCCAAAAGACAUCGUGAAUAUCUGAAACAACAAGCCAAAUUCAAGGAGGCCAUUCCCAUAAAAAAUCCUGAACUAUUAUCUAAAAUUCAUCAAACAUUUCGGGUACAAUACAUCCAAGAUGUUGUUCUUCCUACCCCAUCAGUUUUUGAAGAGAAUAUGUUAUCCACAUUGAGUAGUUUUAUAUUCUUUAACAAAGUUGAAAUUGUGUCUUUGGUACAAGAUGAUGAGAAAUUUUUAACUGAACUUUUCACAAUGUUAACUGAUCUGAGCACUCCAGACUCCAAGAGGAGGGAGUUGGUAUUGUUUUUAAAAGAGUUUUGCAACUACGCACAGAACCUACAGCCCCAAGCCAAGGAGUCCUUCUACAAAACACUUACAGCUUUUGGUAUAUUACCAGCUUUAGAAAUAACACUUGCUAUGGAUGACCAGAAGACAAAGACUGCCUCAAUUGAUAUACUUACUUAUAUUGUGGAAUUCUCACCAUCAGUUGUGAGAGAGUACACUCUUCAACAAGCAAGUAAUACAGAUGAGGAUCAAAUGCUUCUCAAUAUAAUCAUAGAACAAAUGAUUUGUGAUACCGAUCCAGAAUUAGGUGGGGCUGUACAGUUGAUGGGAGUAUUGCGAAUACUCCUGGAUCCAGAAAAUAUGUUGGCGUCAGUUAAUAAAUCAGAAAAAACUGAUUUCCUGAACUUCUUUUACAAGCAUAGUGUCCAAAUUCUCAUAGAACCGUUAUUGGAAAACACAGCUCAUGAUAAACCUCAGAAAGAGGAUUACAGAAGUGUGCAGCUCUUAGGAUUAAUUUUGGAACUUCUGUCAUUUUGUGUUGAACAUCACACUUAUCACAUAAAGAACUGUAUUCUCAAUAAAGACUUACUUCGAAAAAUAUUGGUACUGAUGAAGUCAACACACAAAUUCCUCGUGCUCUGUGCUUUGAGGUUCAUGCGGAAGUUGAUAGCAUUGAAAGACGAAUUCUACAACAGAUACAUCAUAAAGGGUAAUCUAUUUGCACCCGUUGUCGAUGCUUUUGUAAGGAACAAUGGUCGUUACAAUCUGCUGGAUUCUGCUAUCAUUGAAAUGUUUGAAUUCAUCAAGCUGGAAGAUAUCAAAACCCUCUGUUCACAUGUGGUUGAAAACUAUUCCAAAUGUUUCGAUGACGUUUGCUAUGUACAGACUUUCAAGGCACUCAAAAUGAAAUAUGAUCAGCAUCAGGACAAACUCAAAGACAGGGAAAGAAACAGUUUGGAUGGUGUUCCCUCGAUAUUGAGGAAUAGUCGGUACCGACGAGAUCAGAGGCAAAUGGAGGAGGAAGAAGAGAUGUGGUUCAACGAAGAUGACGAUUUCGAUGAUAAUGAAGCCGUACUGCCAGCCACCAAUGACAUGCUAACUAAAAAAAUUGACACGGACCUCGAUAACUUGGGGAAGAUAAUUGAGAAGAAACAGCCGGAGCCGAACGGACCCAAGCCAAACAAUAAUGCAUCACAGAAGGCGAUGGUGCUCAACAACAACGCCAACGUUAUGGGAAGCACAACCGCUGCGAAUGUGGUGCCCAGCACGGAGAAUAAGUCGCAGUUAUUCAAAAGGGGCCUGGUCGAUUAUGAGGGUGGUGAUUCAGACGAAGAAGACGAAGAAAGCGGGGAGGUGACAAAGAGGCCGAGGCUCUCAUAGUCUAAUAGAAAAUCCGCAGGUAAGUGCGUUACAAACUCUGGUGACGUGCGGCCAAGUGUGAUCUCAUAGUGAAAGUGUGCGCGGCGUGUUUACUGUCAAUUAUAAUCUUAUCCAUGUUAGCCGAGUUACAGUCGACUGUAGGUAUGAACAUGAAACUUGUCGUGGUUGUACUGAGAACUUGUAGAUCUUCAAUGCAAGAUAAUACAUUUCUUUCACAUGCUUUAUUUAUAUUAUGUGGAUGAGGGAGUGUAUAAUAUCUUCUUGAUUCAGUCCAGGCGAAUUCCAUUUUAAAAGCACAACCUUUUUUAUCUUCCUAUUGUAUAAAUAAGUAUUGGGUAAUUGUGAUGUACAAGUGGCAGAUUCUCAUCUGUUAACGAAUAAAAAAUAAGAGAUUGAAUUCCAUGUACAUGAAAUUAGGAUUUUUACCACAAGCUGUUUAUAUACAAAGAUAUAUACAAAAAAGAGAAACAUAUUCUUUCUCUUAAAAAAAAUGGCAUAUUUUCUGGAAGCGUGUUAUGAAAGGAUUUGUACAUAAUUUCAGGAUGUAGUAGACAAAUAAUUUACUCUUUUUUUAAGAGACUGAAUAAUAUAUAUAUAUAUAUUGGUUUUGAAACCCUUUCAUUUUAAUUAUAAACAUCAAUAACCCUAUUGAGAGCCAACUUUCAAGUCUAUGUAAAUAAAAAAUAGUCUACAGGAGUUUUCCUUAAUUUUUGCCAAAAAUAUAGAAUAGAUUUGAUAUUUCAGAGAAACUUGCAGGAAACCUAGGACAGCUAUUCAAUUUGAAUGUGAAUUAUUCGAUACCAAACAAAUACAAAUUAUCCGCAUUUGAGGAUAUAAAAUUGAUAAUAUUUAUAAAUAGGACAUUAAUUAUAUAUUUCAUGUUUGAAUAGGUAUCAAUUCUGAACUCCAACAACAUUCUCAGGUUACUCUAUCUUUCACAAUAAUUUGAUGAUGUUUGCUGUAAACGUCUAUGCAUAUGGGAGAUCGGGUAUUUUGAAAAUGGCGUUCUAUUGGAAAGUCAAAAAAUCGCUGUAGUAUGUGUUCCAUCUCAGAAAAUUGUAAGACAUAAUAUAUAAUAUCUGCUGUGGAUAGUACAAAUCACUAAUCACAAUAAAUGUGAAUUUUUAAUUUUUUUAUUUAUUAUGGAGAGAUCAAAAAUGGGUCAUAAUAACUCUAACUAAUAAAAACUGGUUAUUUCAUCUUUAUUGCAUACAGUAUGAUCCUGAAUUCAAGUUACAAAACCCUAGAGACUUAGAGAUUCUUUCCAUAAAAAAUGAGAAGAAAGGUUCAUGUUUACAGGGUGGUUGGAAUUCAAGCCUCAUCAUUGGGAUCUCGUAAAACGUAAGAGAUGCAGGGUCGGUUAAAUUAUGGCAAAGUGACGCAGUUUCACGCCUGGAAAAUUCCGAAUAAUUCCAAAGAUUUAUGGAAAAAAACGAAUAUGCGCGAUGUCAUUUUUAUUUCAUUUUUCUUACUUGAAUAGAUGUAACAAAAAAAUUACACAUUUCUUUAAUUAAUUACACUGUUCUACAGAUUUUCAUACCGACGUUUCGACUUUGAGCUGCCAUCAUCAACUUUGUUUUUUAAAUACGGCUCUGUAUUUUGUAUUAUGUAAGGAAAUCGCGAAUAUUCGUUUUUUUCCAAAUAUAUUUGGAAGUAGUCGGAAUUUUUCGAAUUUGAAACCGGCAUUUUCUUAGGCACAAAAUUGCGCAACUUUGCCAUAAUUCAACCGACGCUGUAUCUCUUACAGCUUACGAGAUCCCAAUGAUGAGGCUCGAAUUCCAGCCACCGUGUUCAUAUGUCCAAUCAGUACGAAAUACAUGAAUCGCAUUUCUAUCAAUAUGUGAAAAACGCUUUUGCUGAUUUGAAUUGAAUUUUUUGUCUGUUGAAAACUUUUUGAGAUAACUUUUAGACCUGUCGAGAGUUUACUCCAAGAACGUAUCUAAGGGUCAAGUAUGAUAUUUUUUUCUACUACUGUGCGGAAAAGUCCAUUUCCAUCAGGUGAUAGUUUAUAUUAGAUUAGAUUUAGAGUUGGGCCUUCGAGUUACCUGCCUCCAAACCGCGAACUUUUCAGAUCUAUUGUGUCUGUCCUCAGAAUCGUUUAGAGUUCUUUGGCUAGCCCUGCCUUCUCUAUGAGACUCCAUAGGCUAGCUUUCAGAUCCACUGUGUAACUGUGCUCUUUGUUCUCACUCACCCAGCGUAAGGAUCCUUAGUCUUGAUAAGCCCUCACAGUGGCAAAGUAUGUGUACUCCUCCUCCUCCUCCUCCUGACAGAACCUGCACAGCAGUUCUUCAUUCAGACCUACCGUACGCAUGUGUUUGUUGAGCCUACAAUGCCCUGUGAGAAGUCCCACUAGUAUUCUAGUUGUAUUUCAUUUCUGGCUCAGUAGAUAUUCUGUGGAUGUUGGCGAUGGUUUUUUAAUAAAUUCUUUUGCCUGUCUCGUUUGCCUGGCCAGUUGUUCCACCAUUCUUGAGAUUUGGUUUGCAUCCAUGAUUUAAUACUUGUUUUUUGUAUAGCUUUCGCAAUACCACAAAAGGGUUGUGGGCCAUUCAGAGCCUCGUUUGUUUCUGCUCGGGCAAGUGCCCUCGUACCCUGUAUGUGCUGGUACCCAUGCUAGAGUCAGUCUGUUCUGACUGCCCAGUUCAUCUCAGGUGUCAAGAGCAGUCCCAUACUAGCUUUGAGUUAACUUGCAUUGAGUGAUAGUUAUUUGUUUUACUAGGCAGAUUGACUGCCGCGGCUGAUAACUAACAAGGUUAGGAAUUCAGCCAAAGCAGUCUAUCUACAGCUCCUGCCGUGUGAACCAUAGUUUUUUCUCCAAAUGUUAUAAAUCAAUUUUGUGUAAUUUUUCUAUAGAAAACUUCAUCAUUUUGUGUUCACCCAAUGUCAGUGCCAAUUUUUAUUACCAAUUUCCUUCAAAUUUCUUGGAACUUUGCAUAGCAAUAAACUUUUCCUGCCAAGGCAGGGAAAGUACAACUUUCCUGCCUGUUAGGUGUCAGAGAAAAGCCACUUUUCCUGCUGCUAGGAGAAAAACCUACUAUUUCAGAUAUCAAUUUGAAAACAACUUGUUGUUUUCCUGAUUUUUUUCCACCUUGAUUUGUUUUCAAUAAAAAUAGUCAAGUUUAAAAAACUGAACAAUUGAUUUUUUCUAGAAGAGAAGUAAAAUAAAGAAAACAAAAAUAGCAGACUGAAAAGUUAUGUUCUCAUUGGUUUAACUUGAAAAGCAAUAAAAGAUUGAUAAACCCUUCAGCACUCUUAAUCUUGAAAGCAAACCAAUUUUGCAAAUAAUAUGAUGGACACUUUCUCUCCAGUUUUUUAGGAAGAAAUCUUCGCUAGACUUCUGUCACUUGAAUUCAGGAACAUCCUGUAUAAUAAUUGAAGUACACUUCGAAUAAUGCACGUUGAAAAAAUCAAAUCGUCAUGUCCGAGGAUUUUUUGCAAUCUAUUAGGUAUCGGAAAUAUCGAAUUUGUCUGAUAUUUUUUACGCGAACUGUAUGAUAAUGAUCGAUGUUGUUACUAGAGAGAUGAGUCUCGAAGUAAAAAAAUGUUACUCAAGUUUAUUGUUAUGGUUCAGUAUUUUGAAAUAGAAAAUGAUGAAUUUUUUUCUUAAAGGAAGAUUUGAAGACUGUAGAAGUUCUCAAAUAUAUAUCGAAUAUUUAUAUGAUUCUGCUACUUAGUUUUUUCCACAACCCAGGACAAUAAUUUUUUUUGUAUUCAUUUAUGAACAAUGUUUUGCUGUUUGAACUAUUUCAGUAUGGUGUACAAUCAUAAAGUCAUCAUGAUUAACAUAAUGUAUAUUCAUUUUUUAUCUUUAUUUUCACAAACUUCAAAUAGAUAAUGUGAAAAAUCAAUAAAAAAUUUGUUACUAUUCAAAACAAGAUAAUGCGCCAUCCAAUCAGUCGUAAUUUUAUGAGAAGCUAAAUUAGCCGUUGCAUUCAAAGGUGGUUCUAAGGGAGGGGGUAGAGGGGGUUAUUACUUUCCCCCCUAGAGGAUAACGACAGAUACAUUUUUUAAAUUGUAUUCAU